UUUCUGAUACAGGGUUUUGUUUCUAUCACAUUCACAACCGAAUUUGGCACUUGAAUUAGCAAGGCAAAAAAGGAUAUUUAGUUCUUGCUUGAAGUCAAGUUUUUAAUCAUGGCUUCUCAUCAGCAUCCCCUCUUUGUUUCCCUUAAUUUGAAGAGUAUGGUCCAAGAACAUGAGGAAAAGUCCUACUCAGAUGGGGCGUUGUGGAACAAUGUUCUUCAAGGAACAAGACAGAGGGUGAUGACGACCACCACCAAGAAAAGUGGAGUGGUUUUGAAGAACAAGAAGAGAGCAGAUGGUAAAAGGAUUCUGAAGAAGAGAAGGAGAAGCCUCCAAUUUGGAGCAAGAAGGGAAAACAAUGGGAUCCGAAGAAGGGUGAGAACCUUGAAGAGACUGAUUCCGAAUAGUGAUUCCAAAUCCGUUGGGGGUUUGGACGGAUUAUUCAGGGAGACAGCUGAUUACAUUUUGUCUUUGCAAAGUAGAGUCACGCUCAUGCAGAUGAUGGUUAAGGCAUUGGCAGAUUCUGAUGAGUAGUCACUCAUUCAUUUCUGUAAUUAAAGAAUAGUAUUCUUUGCUUCUUUUAAUUUACUUUUUAUUUAUUCUUGCUGUUUAAUCUUUUGUGAUGUGAUUUAUAAAUAUAGAAGCUUGUUUCUAAAGUUCAGGUUCGUGCAUAGAUGCUCGAUCUCAUGCCAACAGUUCACAACAGAGCUUGGUCCCUUUAAUUAUUUGUGUGAAAACUAUCCUGGUGAUAUUGUUAAGUGAUAAAUUUAAUUAGAUAAUUUACUUGCAUCAGAAAUUUACUGUGCGUA